AUGUUUUCUUGGCUACGCGAUAAAUCUGCGCCAUCGUAUGAUGCUAUAUCGAACGAUUCACAACCAGUACCUUCAACGUCAUCUCAUCGUGGCUAUCAACAGCAACCUUCGCACACCGAUAGAAUGGCUAAUCAGAUGGUGCAAUUGACGGCUACGAAAUGUCCGACGGACGAUUUAACAUAUACUAAUUGUGCUAUUGUCAGUGAACGUGAUAUUGAUCCGAGUACUGUUCGACAUAUUGAAUUGUCGUCUACUGUUACACGAACAAAAUAUGUGUUUACCAUUACGAAAUACAGUGGAAUGCCACAAGGUAAAAUUGGAUUCAAUACAUUGCAACGUCGCUGGGCUGGAAUUGAACUUGACCGGCCGUAUCAAAUCCAACCGUAUAGAUUCAAUAAAAAUGUUCAAUCUAUCACAACACUGAUUCUCGAUGUUGAUUUUCUCAACAAGAAAAAUACUACAGCUGAUCCAUACGAUACAGAUAAAAUGGCGGUUGAAUUCUUACAGCAAUUCACUGACCAUGCGUUUUCAGUUGGACAAUGUUUACCGUUUCAAUUUAUGGAUAAGAAAACUUUAUCAUUAGUUGUGAAAGAAAUUGAAGGUAGGAUGAGUUUGGGAUUUUUGAUGAUCGAUUUGAAUGGCCUCGUUUCCAUAGCAUCUGAUCUUGCCGCUGUUGCGCGUGGCCAAAAUGCGAAAGCUCAAAAAAUUGGGCUCGGUGUUUCACUUUCCAACACCAUGGUCAUCUUCGAACGCGCUGAAGGUUCAUCAGUGAACUUGAUCGGAAAAUCGAAAGGCAAAGCGCAGUUUGUUUCAAUUAUCAAUCCUGAUUUUGACUUCAAAACCAUGGGAAUCGGCGGUUUAGACGCCGAAUUUAAUGCAAUAUUCCGCCGUGCAUUUGCUUCACGUGUUUUUCCACCAGAAGUGGUCUAUCAAUUAGGAAUGAAACAUUGUCGCGGUAUUCUUUUGUACGGCCCACCUGGUACUGGUAAAACAUUGAUGGCUCGACAAAUUGGUAAAAUGUUAAACGCACGUGAACCAAAAAUAGUCAAUGGUCCACAAAUUCUCGACAAAUAUGUCGGAGAAUCUGAAGCCAAUAUUCGAAAAUUAUUCGCUGAAGCUGAUGAAGAAGAAAAACGACUUGGACCUAAUAGUGGUUUACAUAUCAUUAUCUUCGACGAAAUCGAUGCUAUUUGUAAAUCUCGUGGUUCUGUCGCCAGUGGUGCCGGUGUUCAUGACACCGUUGUCAAUCAACUGUUAUCGAAGAUCGAUGGUGUUGAUCAGUUAAAUAAUAUUCUUAUAAUUGGCAUGACAAAUCGUCGUGAUAUGAUCGAUGAAGCACUUCUUCGGCCUGGUCGACUCGAAGUGCAAAUCGAAAUUGGCUUACCUGACGAAACCGGUCGAUUGCAAAUCUUGAAUAUUCACACUGCAAAAUUGCGUGAAAAUAAUAAAUUAACUCCUGAUGUUGAUUUGAAAGAAUUUGCAGAAAUAACACGAAAUUUUAGCGGUGCUGAAAUUGAAGGUUUAGUACGAGCAGCAACAUCAUUCGCGAUGAAUCGGCAUAUCAAAGCUGGAAAACGAGUCGAAAUCGAUCCGGAUGCCGUCGAUAAAUUCAAAGUUUGCCGAGGUGAUUUUGUCCAUGCGUUGGAAAAUGAUAUCAAACCGGCAUUUGGUGUAAGUAAAGAUGAAUUUGAUUCAUACAUUUCCAAUGGUAUCAUCGUUUGGGGACAACCUGUCACAGAUGUUCUUGAAGAAGGACAAUUACGUAUUCGUCAGACUAUUAAAAGUGAAAUGACACCACUUGUAACAAUUUUAAUCGAAGGUCCACCGAAUAGUGGCAAGACUGCUCUGGCUGCUCACAUUGCUACUCUAUCGAAAUUUCCGUAUUUGAAAUUCUGCACAGCACAAACAAUGCUCGGUUAUUCCGAAUUAGCGAAAUGUCAACAAUUGAAAAAGAUCUUCGAAGAUGCACACAAAUCAGCCUUAUCAUGUGUCGUUGUCGAUGAAUUGGAAAGUUUACUUGAAUAUGCACCCGUUGGUCCGAGGUAUUCGAAUAAUGUCCUUCAAACAUUAAAAUUGCUAUUCAAACGGCCACCACCCAAAGGUCGAAAGCUAUUGGUCAUCGCCACGGCUACGUAUCGCGAUAUUCUCGAUCAACUCGGUCUAUUAGCAUCAUUUUCUAAAGUUAUUCAUUUAUCCAAUAUGAGCAGCGGAAAACAUGUCCUUCAUGUUUUAAAUGAAAUCGAACACUGUUUCAAUGAUGAAGAAAUGAAAUACCUAGAAAAGAAAUUACAUGACAAAAAAGUUUGGAUUGGAAUAAAAUCUUUACUUGAUUUGAUUGAAGUAGCACGACAAGCUGAUGACAGUGCACGUGUCACACGAUUCCUGGCGCAAUUGGAUGAAUACAACAGCUCGAUCUAA